AUGGUCAUUCAUGAAAGAAUUGCUACACUACUGCCUUCUUUGAUUUCUGAUGAGCAUGAUGGGUUUGUUAAAGGGAGGAGCAUUGUGGAAAAUAUAUUGCUGACGCAAGAAAUAAUUACUCAAAUCAGGCUAAGAACCAAGGUAGUUCCAAAUGUGGUGAUCAAAUUGGACAUGAAAAAAUCAUAUGAUAGGCUUUCUUGGUUAUUCAUGACUAAAGUAUCGAGAAAGAUGGGUUUCUCUGAAAGAUUUAUUGGAAUAGUGUUCGGCAUUUUCUCCUAUAAUUGCUAUUCUGUGUUAAUGAAUGGACAACCCUAUGGAUUCUUCAAAUCUACAAGAGGAGUCAAGCAAGCAUUGUCGAGGGGUCUCAAUGCUCUACAUCAGAAUUUGUAUUUCUGUGGAUUUGGAGUGCCAAAAUGGAGUCCCAAGAUUAAUCAUAUUGCUUAUGCAAAUGAUACCAUCAUCUUUUCUUCCUCUGAUGAAACUUCCUUACGCUUGAUUAUGGAGGUGUUGAUGGCUUAUGAAAUUGCUUCUGGAUAG